GCCGCCGCCGCUCGAAACAGAUUUCUGCGGCGCGGCGGCAGGAUUCGCGAGCAUUUUCGCUUGCAUGUGAAACAGGCUUUAGGCGGCACUGGGAUUCGCACAGCGGACAGCAAGUAUACCGUCGAGUCGGGACUUGCGCUUGCGAAUGGAACAGUUACGUGCAUCUCGCUCAGUCCACAAAGAAGCGCCGAGACAAACUGUGCUGGAGCAUGACAGGAAGUUCUCAGGACUGCUAUCAUGGGACGUCAAGGCCACCGGCACAGACCUGGCCUCAGCCGAAAAGGCCUGCCUGUCCGUCAAGGUCAGCGCGGGCCCACACAACGAGCUGCUUAUCCAGCACUCGACGGAGAGCCUGGCCCUGGAGGUUCUGCUGAACCCGGAGGUAUCCACGCUGCGCCAGUGCUUCAAAAACAUGAUGGUCUCCGGCACAACGCACAAGCACGUCAUUCACGCCGGAUACGCAUUCGCCGGCUCCGGUGACUGGAUACUCCAGGAUGGCGUCUUCAGCGCCCGCGAUGUCGAGGCACUGUUGCACGACGCCGACGUUCAGGAGGUACUACGGCGCCAGAAGUUCCACACGUUACACGUUCACUGUUCAGCUGAGGGAAGCUGGGCUCAGCCUCCGGUGGGCGUCAGCCUCAACCCUCCGGACAUCGCGGACAGCCUGGCCGGCUCGGUGCACCUGCUGGGCUGCCUGGACGCCGUACUGACGAGCCCUCCCCUAACGAGCCUGCUGCCCUCAUCCAGCGUGGUAGGCAACAUCCGUUUCCGAAGGCCGACCAUGUACGUGUUUCCGGGUGGCCAGGGCGAUUGCGCCCUGUUCGGUGUCACCGGCUUCACGCUGCUCGUGGACGGCGGCUUUGCCCGGAAGCCGUGCUUUUGGGAGUUUGUUCGGCAUCUGGACCGAUUGGACUCGCUUCUCGUCACUCGCUUCAACCAGUUCAACUCGUGCGGACUGACGGCGCUGGCGCAACGUAAGGCACUCGAGCGUGUAUACCCGCAGGUCGGCCACGUCUUCUGCAACGCCGUCCGGUCGCCGUCCGACGAGGAACUGCAAAAGGACCGCGACCAGCUCGUCGUCAGUGUGGUGGCUCAAGGACUGGAGUUUCUCCAGGGAGUGCGCGAGAUGGGACUGUCGCCGCAGGCCUGUCAGAGGGAUGCCCGGCCGCUUACACUAUACCAUAAGGUGGGCCACGGCACGCUAGAAAUGUUCGUACUCAGCCCUGGCCGCUCGACGGAAGAAGACGCUUCCGUGUGCGCGCUUCUCGUGUGGCGCCCUGCUAAGGUGUCAGAACCCGUCACGCGCAUACUUCUGCCCGGCAGUGCCUCUCAAAACGUCAUAUUCGAGGGGCUCAGUAAACUGGGCCACUUAGCCGUUCUCAAAAGUCGCGCGGUGACUGCAGAAGCGCGGCUAGGAUUGAAAAAAUCAAAGGUUCAAGACAAACCGCUUCGAGCAACCUCAGUGCCUCCCAGACCAAGCGUCGCCAAGAGGGCGGCAGCAAAAGUCGAGUCUCCGUCACCAUCGCCAACACCUCCACCUGCUGAAAAGGUCAGAGCGCCGGUGAAACAAACGAACAAGUCCAUCGAGUCUCUGCCCAAAAAGCAAGACGAAGUUAAAAAGCCUUCUAAAACAGGUGCCAAGAGGGAGCCGAAGAAAUCAGCCGUCGAAAAAGCAGACGCUAAGGACGAAAAAGCUCCCAAGAUUACCGCCAAAGUUCCAGCAAAAGUAGCUGAAACAAUACCCGCCAAGGAAAAAAUUGUGGAGAAACUUGGUGAAAAUGAAUUAGACAACGUCGAAGAAAAGGAUAUCAGCAAAAUUAUUAGCGACAAGCCGCUGAAGAAGCUUCCACUCGAGAUCGAAAAAAUAGACACAAAAGCACAAGAAGAAAUUGUUGCUAAAGUCGAAGAAAAGGUAGCCGCGAAACGCGAACUCAAGAAAGCUACACCUACUAGGCCACCGGCUAAGAGCAAAGGAGCGAAAGACGUCACGAACAAGAUGGCAGUUGAAAGCAAAACCACCGCACGUAAGACUGCCGAUCCAGCAAAGGUGAAGCCGCGUCCACUUGUUGCCCCUCCUACGCGACCUAUGGUUCGAGACUCUAAGUCGAAGUCGCCGUCUAGUUCUGCAUCCAGUUCACCGAAGCGCACCCCUCCUAAGCCUACGACCGAGCGACCAGUAAGGUCAGUAAGGGGAGGAGUGCGGAACGCGAAGGCUCCUGCUGCAGAACCGGUGAAACUCCCCGAAGGUGAGAAACCUGUGUUGAUAGAGAAGCCCACAGCCCAAGUAAAACCCGACAAAAGAAUUGAGGUUCUGACACAGUCGGGUGAUGAAAGUUCUGGGUCGAAAGAAGCCAUCGAAGAAAAAGCAGCAACUGAAGCUACGAAAGAAGACAAACCUUUUAUUGAGCCUUCUAGCAGCGACGAAAGCAAGAAAGAUAUUCCGAAACAGAAGUCCCCUGUGACUGUCGAUGAAGCUCCCAUCAAAGCAGUGCUUCUAGGCACUGCGCAUGCCAUGCCAACAACAGAUUUCCAAGCGGUGCCAACGAAGCCCCUCGAGAAAGAUAUUGCCGACGCCGAAACGUGGCCUGCAGAAGGCGAUGCCAAAGAGGUAGCCGAAACCCCAGAGCACGCGUUGUCUCCGGAGCCUACUGUAUCUGCGUCAUCGGAAGGUGUACCAUCGCUUAUUGACGAAGUGAUUGACGUCUCUCUAAAAGCCGAUUCCUCCGUCGCCAGACAGAUUACUGAGCCGGAACUUAGUAGGGUCCGAGCUCUCUCCAGUGGACAGCGAACACCGGAUUCUCUUGACACGCCCCACGAAGUCGGAGACGGCACUGCGCCAUCCUCUAGAGACGAGAUACUCGAAGCCAUGGAAAAACAUCAGCUCGUUUCCAGAGAACAGGUUCUCGAAAUCAAGAGGAGGGACUCUGUCGAUUCCAUUGAAGGAGAAAUUCCCAUGGAAGAUGAGGAAAUCGUACAUCCACCUCAGGAAGCCGACAAGAAAACAGCAGGAGUCCCCAUUUCCGCACAUGUUGGGCAAGAAUUCCCCGAACCUGACGACCAUGCAGAGCUCAAGCAGAAAUUCCAACAGCCAACGCAACGUGCUGCAGACCUUCCAUCACACGAUAUUGAGCACGCUACAGACGAACCAAGCAAGAGAAGCCCUGAAGAGCCAUGUGCUGAACCAGCCAUGGUCGAAAAACCUGAAGGCGUUGUGCUUGAUACCGCCAAAGAAGAACCUUCAGCAGUUGGUAUGCUUGAUACUGCAGACGAGAAGAUUUGUGACGCUGAAAUUAUUGCAAAGGCAGAAUCGCAGAUUGAGACAUCAGCGCCGGAGAUUUCUGUCAGCGCAGCGAAGGAUAUCGCGCAAAAGGAACCACCUGAAUUUAAAGGUACAACAGAAGCAGAACCAAUGACCAAGCAACUUAAAGAGGACAGUGUUCUGAGCACUGUUCGUGAGACCUCAGACAAUAAACCAUCAGAGCCUUCGGGUAUCGAACCUGAGAAGCCAACAGAUGAUACUAAACAGGCCGAUUUACAUGAAAUUACUGAGAAACCUUCUGAACCUUCGGUUAUCGAAAUGGUUGAACAAGUGAUUGAGAGCCCAGCACAGAAGACUCCUGAGAGCAAGGUGUCUGAGGACGCAGAGGAAAAGCCUGCUAAGCCUGAUGCUACCGAUAAAAUAAAACUGGAAUUUGAGAGAACAAAACAGGAGAUUCUGGCGAGUGAAGUGCCUGAGGUCUUGAAAACAAAACCUGCCGGACCUGAGAGUAUCCAAAAGCUAGAACCGGCAAUUCAGAAGCCAACGGAGGAAACCACAAAAGCUGCAGUGUUUGAGGUCGCAGAGAAGCUACUUGGUGAGUCUGAAAUUAUGCAAAAGGUGGAACAGGACAUUGAGAGGCUAGCUGACGAGAGUCGCGUCAGCUCUGUGCCUGAGGUUAGAGAGAAGUCUGCUGAGCCCGAUGGUAUUGAAAAGACGGAGCCGAAAUUUGAGAGACAAGCUGAGAAAACUCCGGUGAGUGCAGUCCCUGAAUUCGCAGAGAAGAAACCUGCCAAGCCUGAGGGUGUCCAAAAGGCUGAGCCGGGGAUUGAUAUACCAGAUGAGGAGACUACUAUCAGUGCCGUGCCUGACGUCGCAGCGAAGAAACCUGCCGAGCCUGAGGGUGUCCAGCAGAUGGAGCCGGAGAUUGAAAGACCAGCCGAGGGGUCUCCUCUCAGAGCAGUGCCAGACGUCGCCGAGAAACUUGCUGAGCCUGAUAGUGUUGAAAAGGUGGAACCUGACAUCGGGGUAACAGGUCAGGAUACUUUUGCGAGUGUCGUGCCUGUGUUCCUGGAGAAGCAACCUGCCGAACCCGAGGUCAUCCAAAUGGUGGAGCCGGGGAUUGAGAAGCUAGCUGAGGACACCCCUCUGAGUGCAGUGCCUGACGUCACAGAGAAGAAAGCUGUUGAGUCUGAGGGCUUCCAGAAGGGGGAGCCGGCGAUUCAGAGGCCAACUGAGGAGACUCCUGCAAGAUCAGUAGCAGAGGCCGUAGAGAAGCCUACUGAGCCUGAGAGUAUCGAAAAGAUGAAACCAGAGAUUAAAAGCCCAGCUGAAGAGGCCCCUGUCAGUACAGUACCGGAGGCCACGGAGAAGAAACCUGCCGAGCCUGAGAGCUUCAUAAAGGUAGAACCGGAGCCUGAAAGACCAUCUGACGAUACAUCUGGGGCUACAGUGCAUGAGGUUGAAGAGAAAAAACCUGCCGAGCCUGAGAGUAUUGAUCAAGAAAAACAGGAGAUUGAGAGACCACCUCAGGAGACACCUUUGAGUGGAGAGCCUGAGCUCGCAGAGAAAGCUGCCGAGUCUGAGGGUGACGUCAAGGUGGAGCCGGAAAUUGGGAGACUAGCUGAGGAGCCUUCUAUGAGUGCAAUGCCUGAGGUCGCAGAAGAUAAACCAACAGAGCCUGAGGGUGCCGACAAGAUAGAACCGGUGACUGAGAGAUUAGCUGAGGAGACUCCUGUGAGGACAGUUUCACAGGUCCCAAAAAAACCUGCCGAGCCAGUGGGUUUCCAAAUGGUGGAGACGGAGCUUGUGCAACCUGAUGUGGAAACUCCUUUCGAGCCUGAUGGUGUCCAAAAGGUGGAACCGGUGACUGAGAGACCAGCAGAGAAAACUCCAGAGAUCGCUGUACUGGAGGUAGCCAAGAAGAAACCUAGCGAAGCGGACGGUGUCCAAGAGAUAGAACCGGAGAUUGGGAUAUCCGCUGAGGAGGCUUCUGUCAGCAAAGUUCUUGAUACCACAGAGAAAAAACCUGUCGAGCGUGACGGCGUCGAGCAAGUGGAACCACUGCCUGAGAGACAAGCAGAGGAGACUCAUGUGAGCACAGAUUUUGAGGUCGCGGACAUCAAACCUGCCGAGACUGGGGAUCUCCAUGAGGUGGAAUCGGAAAUUGAAAGGCUACCUGACGAGACUGCUAUCAGUGGAGUGUUUGAAGUCAUGGAGAAAGAACCUGUCGAGACUGACGGCGUCAUAAAGGUGGAACAGGAGUUUGAGAAAUUAUCUCAGGAGACUCCCACCAGUGCAGUACCAGAGGUCGUGGAAAAGAAACCUCCUGAGCCUGACAGUGCCGGAAAGGUGGAAGCGGACAUUGAAAGACCAGCUGAUAAGACUUCUGUAGGUGCGGUGCCUGGGGUCGCUGAAAGAAAACUUGCCAUACAUGAGGGUUUGCAGGAAGCUGAACCGGAGAUUGAAAAACCAGCUGAGAAGACUCCUAUGAGCGCGCUGCAAGAGGUUACGGAGAAAACACCUAUGGAACCUGAUGAUGCCCGGAAGGUCGAGCCAAAGAUUGAGAGACAUGAUGAGGAAACUCCUGUCAGCCCAGUGCCAGGGGAAGCGGAUAAGAAACCUACGGAUCGUCAGAGUCCUAUAAAGGCGGAGCCUGAAAUUCAAAGACCUGUCGAAGAGACUCCCGGGAGCGCGCUGCCUGCGGUGCAAGUGAAGCAGCCUUCCGAGCUUGAGGAUUUACAGAAGGACGAGCCAGAGAUUGAAAGACCAACUGAGGAGACUCCUGUGAGUGUGGAGCUUGCCGUUGCAGAAAGAACACCUGCCGAGCCUGAGGGCUUACAGGAUGUCGAACCGUAUAUUGAAAAGCCAGCUGAGAAGUCUCCUACGAGCGUUGUACCAGAGUUCGCGGAGAAGAAACUUACCGAACAUGAUGAUGCACAAAAGGAUAAACCGGAGAUUGAGAGACUUGCUGAAGAAACUGCUGCGAUUGCAGUGCCUGGUGUUGCAGAGAAGAAACCUGCCGAGCCAGAGGGUGUCCAGGAAAUCGAGCCGAAGAUUGAGAAACCGGCUCAGGAGACUCCUGUCAGCCCAGUACCAGAGAUGGUGGAUAAGAAACCUACGGAGCGUGAAAGUGCCAUAAAGAUGGAGCCUGAAAUUGAGGGACCAGCUGAGGAGAGUCCCGUGAGUGCAGUGCCUGGGUUCGCAGAGAAGCAACCUGCCGAGCCUGAGGGUUUACAGAAGGCGGAGCCAGAUUUUGAGAGACCAGCUGAGGAGACUCCUGUCAGUUUUGUACCAGAGGCCGUGGAGAAGGAACCUAUCCGGCCUGAAACUUUCAGAAAAAUUGAACCGGAGUUUGAAAGACCGGCUCAGGAGACUCCUUUGGGUGUGGCGCCUGCGGUCGAAGAAAGAACACCUGCCGAGCCUGAGGGUUUGCAAGAAGUCGAACUGGAGAUUGAAAAAUUUGCUGAGAAGUCUCCUAUGAGCGCUGUACCAGAGGUCGCGGAGAAGAAACCUACCGAACAGGAUUAUGAUCAAAAGGGGAAACCGGACUUUGAGAGACUGGCUGAAAAGACUGCUGCGAGCGCAAUGCCCGAGGUCACUGAGAAGGCGCCUACAGAGACCGAGGGUUUCACGAAGGUCGAGUCGAAGAUUGGUAGACCAACUGAGGAGACCCCUAUGACCGCAGUACCAGAGGUCGCGCGGAAGAAACCUACCGAACCUAAUGAGGUCCACGAAGUCGAACCGAAGAUUGAGAGAUCAGCUGAGGAGGCUCUUCCCAGUCCAGUACCAGAGCCAGCGGAUAAGAAACCUGCCGAGCGUGAAAGUGUCGUAAAGGUGGAAUGGGAAAUUGAAGGACCACCUGAAGAAAGUCGCGUGAGUGCGGUGCCUGAGGUCGCAGAGAAGGAAUCUGCCGAGCCCGAGGGUGUCCAGAAGGUCGAGUCGAAGAUUGACAAACGAGCUGACGAGUCUCCUGUCAGCCCGGUACCAGAGGGGGUGGAUAAGAAACCUAUGGAGCCUGAAAUUGAGGGACAAGCUGAGGAGAGUCCCGUGAGUGCAGUGCCUGAGGUCACAGAGAAGCAACCUGUCGAACCUGAGGCUUUACUGAAGGUCAAGCCAGAGAUCGAGAGACAUGCUGAUGAGACUCCUGUCAGUUUUGUACCAGACACCGUGGCGAAGAAACCUAGCGAGCCUGAAAGUGUCGGAAAAGUGGAUCGGGGGACUGAAAGGCCAGCUGAGGAGACUUCUGUGAGUGGCCUACCUGCGGUCGCAGAAGGAACACCUGCCGAGCCUGAUGGCUCACAGGAAGCUGAACCAGAGAUUGAAAAGCUUGUUGAGAAGUCGCCUACGAGCGCUGUACCAGAGGUUGGGGAGGAGAAACCUACCGAACAUGAUGAUGCUCAAAAGGGGAAACCAGAGUUUGAGGGGCUGGCGGAAGAGACUGCUGCGAGCGCAAUGCCUGAGGUAGCAGAGAAGAAACCUGCCGAGCCCGACGAUGUCCAGAAGUUAGAGCCGAAGAUUGAGAAACCAGAUGACGAGGCCCCUGUCAGCCCAGUACCAAAGGCAGCGGAUAAGAAACCUGCCGAGCGUGAACGUGUCGUAAAGGUGGAACCUGAAAUUGAAGAGCCAGCUGAGGAAAGCCCCGUGAGUGCAGUGCCUGUGGUCGCAGAGAAGCAACCUGCCGAGCCUGAGGGUUUACACGAAGUCGAGCCAGAUUUUGAGAAAAUAGCUGAGGAGACUCCUGUCAGUUCCAUACCAGAGGCAUUGGAGAAGAAACCUACCGAGCCUGAAACUGCUGAGAAAGUGGAACCGGAGGUUGAAAGGCCAGCUGAGGAUACUCCUGUGAGUGGGGUGCCCACGCUCGCAGAAAGAACACCUGCCCAGCCUGAUGGCUUACAAGAAGUCGAACCGGAGAUUGAAAAGCCAGCUGAGAAGGCUCCUAUGAGGGUUGUACCAGAGGUUGCGGAGAAGAAACCUACCGAACAUGAUCAUGCUCAAAAGGGGAAAGCUGAAAUUGAGCGACUGGCUGAAGAGACUGCUGUGAGCGUAAUGCCUGAGGUCGCAGAGAAGAAACCUGCCGAGCCUGAGGGUUUACAGGAAGUCGAGCCAGAUUUUGAGAAACCAGCUGAGGAGACUCCUGUCAGUUCCAUACCAGAGGCAUUGGAGAAGAAACCUACCGAGCCUGAAACUGCUGAGAAAGUGGAACCGGAGGUUGAAAGGCCAGUUGAGGAUACUCCUGUGAGUGGGGUGCCCGCGGUCGCAGAAAGAAUACCUGCCCAGCCUGAGGGCUUACAAGAAGUCGAACCGGAGAUUGAAAAGCCAGCUGAGAAGUCUCCUACGAGCGUUGUACCAGAGGUUGCGGAGAAGAAACCUACCGAACAUGAUCAUGCUCAAAAGGGGAAAGCUGAAAUUGAGCGACUGGCUGAAGAGACUGCUGUGAGCGUAAUGCCUGAGGUCGCAGAGAAGAAACCUGCCGAGCCAGAGGGUGUCCAUGAGAUCGAGCCGAAGAUUGGGAAACAGGCUGAGGCGACUCCUGUCAGCCCAGUACCAGAGGUGGUGGAUAAGAAACCUACGGAGCGUGAAAGUGCCAUAAAGGUGGAGCCCGAAAUUGAGGGACCACUUGAGGAGAGUCCCGUCAGUGCAGUGCCUGAGGUCCCAGAGAAGCAAGCUGCAGAGCCAAGGGGUUUACAGAAAGUCGAGCCAGAGAUUGAGAGACCAGCUGAUGAGACACCUGUCAGUUCAGUACCAGAGGCCGUGGAGAAGAAACCUACCGAGCCUGAAACUGCCGGAAAAGUGGAACCGGAGAUUGAAAGACCAGCUGAGGAGACUCCUGUGAGUGCGGUACCCGCGAUCGCAGAAAUAACUCUUGCCGAGCCUGAGGGCUUACAGGAAGUCGAACUGGUGCAUAAAAAGUCAGCUGAGAAGUCUCCUACGAGUGCUGUACCAGAGGUUGCGGAGAAGAAACCUACCGAACAUGAUCAUGCUCAAAAGGAUAAACCAGAGAUUGAGAGACUUGCUGAAGAGACUGCUGCCAGCGCUGUACCUGGGGUCGCAGAGAAGAAACCGGCAGAGCCCGAGGGUGUCGAGAGGAUCGAAAUGAAGAUUGAGGAACCAGCUGAGGAGGCUCCUGUCCGCCCAGUACCAGAGGUGGUGGAUAAGAAAGCUACGGAGCCUGAAAGUGCCAUAAAGGUAGAGCCUGAAAUUGAGGGACCAGCUGAGGAGAGUCGCGGGAGUGAAGUGCUUGAGGUCGCAGAGAAGCAACCUGCCGAGCUUGAGGGUUUACAGAAGCACAAGCCAGAGAUUGGAAGACCAGCUGAGAAGACUCCAGUCAGUUCCGUACCGGAGGCCGUGGAGAAGAAACCUACCGAGCCUGAAGCUGCCGGAAAAGUGCAACCGGAGAUUGAAAGACCAGCUGAGGAGACUACUGUUGGUGUGGUGCUUGCUGUCGCAGAAAAAACACCAACCGAGCCUGAAGGCUUACAGGAAGUUGAACCGGAUAUUGAAAAGCCAGCUGAGAAGUCUCCAACGAGCGUUGUACCAGAGGUCGCCGAGAAAAAACCUACCGAACGUGAUCAUGCUCAAAAGGAUAAACCGGAGAUUGCGAGACUUGCUGAAGAGACUGCUGCGAGCGCAGUACCUGGGGUCGCAGAGAAGAAACCUGCAGAGCCCGAGAGUGUCGAGAAGAUCGAGACCAAGAUUGAGGAACCAGCUGAGGAGACUCCUGUCAGCCCAGUACCAGAGGUCGUGGGGAAGAAACCUACCGAGCCUGAUGAGAUCCACGAGGUCGAACCGAAGAUUGAGAGAUCAGGUGAGACUCUUAUCAGCCCAGUGCCAGAGGCAGAGGAUAAAAAACCUGCCGAGCGUGAAAGUAUCGUAAAGGUGGAACCGGAAAUUGAAGGACCAGCUGAGGAGAGUAGCGUGAGUGCGGUGCCUGAUGUCGCAGGGAAGCAGCCUGCCGUGCCUGAGGGUUUACAGAAGGUAUUUCCAGAGAUUGAGAGACCAGCUGAGGAGACUCCUGUCAGUUCCGUACUAGAGGCAUUGGAGAAGAAACCUACCGAGCCUGAGACUGCCGGAAAAGUGGAACCGGAGAUUGAAAGAGCAGCUCAGGAGACUCCUGUGAGUGGGGUGCCUGUGGUCGCAGAACGAACACCUGCCGAACCUGAGGGCUUACAGGAAGUCGAACAGGAGAUCGAAAAGUCAGCUGAUAAGUCCCCUAUGAGUGCUGUACCAGAGGUUGCGGAGAAGAAACCUGCCGAACGUGAUGGUGCUGAAAAGGGGAAACUGGAGAUUGAGGUUGUGGUUGAAGAGACUGCUGCGAGCGCAGUGCCUGAGGUUGCAGAGAAGAAAGCUGCCGAGCCCGAGGAUGUCGAGAAGGUCGAGCCGAAGAUUGAGAAAUCAGCUGAGGAGACUCCUGUCACCCCAGUAGCAGAGGUGGUGGAUAAGAAACUUAUGGAGCGUGAAAGUGCCAUAAAGGUGGAACCUGAAAUUGAAGGACCAGCUGAGGAGAGUCCCGUAAGUGAGGUGCCUAAGGUCGCAGUGAAGCAACCUGCCGAGCUUGAGGGUUUACAGAAGCACGAACCAGAGAUUGAAAGACCAGCUGAGAAGACUCCUGUGAGUGUGGAGCCUGCGGUCGCAGAAAAAGCACCUGCCGAGCCUGAGGGUUUGCAGGAAUUCGAGCCAGAGGCUGAGAAACCAGCUGAGGAGACUCUCAUGAGAGCUGCACCACAGGGCGCGGAGAAGCCUAGUGAACGUGAUUAUGUUCAAAAGGGGAAAGCUGAAAUUGAGCGACUGGCUGAAGAGACUGCUGUGAGCGUAAUGCCUGAGGUCACAGAGAAGAUACCUGCCGAGCCUGAGGGUGUUCAAAAGGUCGAACCGAAGAUUGAGGGAUCAGCUGAGGAGGCUGCAGUCAGCACAGUACCAGAGGUGGUGGAUAAGAAACCUACGGAGCGUGGAAGUGCUAUAAAGGUGGUACCUGAAAUUGAGGGACCAGCUGAGGAGAGUCCUGUGUGUGCGGGGCUUGAUGUCGCAGAGAAGCAACCUGCUGAACGUGUGGAUUUACAGAAGGUCGAGGCAGAGAUUGAGGGACCAGCUGAGGAGACUCCUGGCAGUUCAGUAUCAAAAGCCGUCGAGAAGAAACCUAGCGAGCCUGAAAGUGCUGGAAAAGUGGAACCGGGGAUCGGAAGACCAGCUGAAGAGACUCCUUUUAAUCUGGAGCCUGCGGUCGGAGAAAAAACAACUGCUGAGCCUGAAGGUUGGCGGGAAGUCCAGCCAGAGAUUGAGAAACCAGCUGAGAAGACUCCCAUGAGAGCUACAACAGAGGUCGCGCAGACGAAGCCUACCGAUCGUGAUGAUGCUCAAAAGGGGAAACUGGAGAUUGAGACACCGGUUGAAGAGACUGUUUCAAGUGCAGUGCCUGAGGUCACAGACAAGAAACCUGCCGAGCAUGAGGGUGUCCACAAGGGUGAGCCAGAGUUUGAGGUACCAGCCGAGGAGGCCUCUAUCAGCCCACAUACUGAUGUAGCGGAUGAGAAACCUACCGUACCUGAAAGUGUCGAAAAGGUGGAACCGGAAAGAGCAGCUUUUGUGACUGCAGUGCCUGAGGUCGCAGCAGAGAAGGAACCUGGCGAGCCUGAUAGCGUUGAUACGAUAGGACCGGAGAUUGAGAGACCAACUGAGGAGACUUUUGUUGUAGCGCCAGAGCUGGCGGGGAAGAAACCUGCCGAGGCUGAAGCUCUGAAAAAGGCGGAACGUGAGAUUGAUAGACCAGUUGAAGAGACUCCUGCAAAUGCAAUACCUGAGGUCGCAGAGAAGAAAUCUGCCGAACCUGACAGUAUCGGUAAAGAAAAACCGGAGAUUGAGGGACCACCUCAGGAGACUACUAUCUGUGCAGUACCAGAUGUCGCGGAAAAGAAACUAACUGAAGCUGAGGGUGUCGGAAAGGCUGAACCAGAGAUUGAGAGGCGAAUUGAUGAUAUAUCUGUGAGAUCGAUGCCUGAGAUCGCAGAGAAGAAACCUGUCGAGCAUGAAGGCGUCCGAAAGGUGGAACCCCUGAUUGAGAGACCAGCUGAUCUCACUUCUGUCAGCGCAGUACCAGAGUUCGUAGAGAAGAAACCUACCAAACCUGAGGAAGGCAAAAAGGGGAAACCACUGAUUGAGAAACCAGCUGAGGGGGCUUCUGUCAGCGCCAUACCAGAGGAUGUGGAGGAGAAACCUACUGAGCCUGAAAUUGGUGAAAAGAUGGAACCGGAGAUUGAGAGACCACCUGCGCAGACUCCUUUGAGUAUUAUGCCGGAGGCUGCAGAGAAGAAACAUGCCGCGCCUGAGGGCGUUCGAGAUGUGGAGCCUGAGAUGAGGAGCGCAGUUGAAGAGGCUCCUAUAAACGCAGUACCCGAGUUCGCGGAGAAGAAACCUACCGAGCCUGAAAGUGUCGAAAAGGAGAAACCUGACAUCGAGAUACCACCUGGGAAGCUGCCUGUCGAUGCAGUACCAGAGGUCGCGGAGAAGAAAGCUACCGAGCCUGAGAGUGUCGCGAAGGGGGAACGGGAGAUUGAGAGACCAUUUGAGGAGAUGCCUAUCGGCGCAGUACCGGAGGUCGUGGAGAAAAAACCUACUGAGAAUGAUGGUGUGGGAAAGGGUGAACUGGAGAUUGAGAAACCAGCUGAGGAGACUUCUGUGAGUGCAAUGCCCGAAAUUGCAGAGAAGCCUGCCAAGUCUGACGGCGUCCAAGAGGCGGAGCCAGAGAUUGAGAGACUAGCUCAGGAGACUCCUAUCAGCGCAGUACCAGAGGUCAGGCACAAAAUUCCUACUGACCCCGAGGUUAUCGAAAAAUCGGACCCGGUCUUUGUCAUACAAGCUGAUAAUGCUCCUGUUAGUGUAGUAACUGAGGUCGCACAGAAGAAACCUGCCAUGUCUGAGGGCAUCCGAAAGGUGGAACCUCUCAUCGAGAGAGCAACUGCGGAGACUCCUGUGAGUGCAGUGCCUGAAGACGCAGAUCAGAAACCCAUCAAGCCUGAAGGUUUCCAAAACGCCGAGCCGGGGAUUGAUAGACCAGCUGAGCAGACUCCUGGCAGUGCCAUGACUGACGGCGCAGGGAUGAAAACUGCCGAGCCUGAGAGUGUCCCGAAGAUGGGAUCGGAUAUUGAAAGACCAGCUGAGGUGUCUCCUGUCAGCGCAGUGCCUGAGGUUGCAAAAGAAAGAGCUUCCGAUCAUAAGAUUGAUAAACAGGAGCUGAAGGUUGAGAGGCCAGCAGGUGAGCCUCCUGUGAGAGCAGGGCCAGAAUCUGACUAUGUCCAAAAAUUGGAAACCGGGAUUGCGAGGGCAGUUGAGGAGACUCCUUUGACUGCAGUGCCUGAGGUGAUGGACAAAAAAUCUGCUGAAGUUACGGUUAUCAAAAAGGCGGAACCAGACAUUGACGAACCAGCACUGGAUAUUUCUGGGAGUGCAGUGCCUAAGGUUGUGGAGAAAAAACCAGCUUACUCAGAGGGUGUCCAUAUGGUGGAGUCGCAAAUGGAGGAUGUAGCAGAAAAGACUCCUGUUCGCCCAGAGCCUGAAAUCUAUAAGCAAAAACUUAGCGACGUGGCAAGUUUUGCUGAUAUAUAUACUGCCCACCCUGAAGACCUUGAAGAAAAGAAACAUCACCUUGAAAAGGUGCCGUUUCCAGAGGAAUGGGCGCCAGCAAGUUCAGUCUCAAUUAUUACUCCUCCCAGUUUUGAAGACAUAGAGAGCCUAGAAAAGAUUUCCGACCAAAAGACACCUGAGCAUGAAGAGGGAGAAGUCCACCUUGAGAAGCCAGAAGAAAGGGUUCCUGGUAGUGCCUUAAAAGAUAUCGCCGAGAGAACGCUCACCAAGCCUGAAGAUAUCGAUAUCGCAAAACCAUGUAGCGAGGGGCCGGUACUGGAGCCUCCAGUGAGUACCAUCACGGACAAAAAGGCUUCAGAGCUCGCAGAUCUUGAAGAUAAAGAAGUGCGCAUUGAUAAAUUCUUAGACAAAUCUCCUAUAAGUCCUGUUUCGGAGAUAGUGCAGAAGAAGGCCGUGGAACCUGAGUAUAUUGCAAAGGAAGAACCACCGCUAGGAGUGUUAUCAGGCCAUGACGUCACGAAGCCUGAUGACUCUGUAAAGGAUAAACCGCAAAUUUACAAACAAGGGGAACAGCUUCAAGUAAGUGCUGUGCCGGAGCUGACAGACGAAACGCCAUCUCAGCCUGAAGAUAUUGAAAAACGUGCACUGGAGUGUGAGAAGCCUACAGAAAAGGCGCAGUUGAGCACUAUGCCAGAGGUCCUGGAUAAAAUGCAUAUCAAGCUUGACAAGGGGGCGGAGCAAGGCCACGACCUGUCGUCGACUGUUGCGAUACCGGGAGAAACUGAGGAAACCCGCGCCGGGCCUACAGUUCUUGCCUUCCAUAAAGAGGUUGAAUGUCCUGCUAAAGUUGUGCCGGAGUUCGCAGAACAGAAGGCCCUCGAGAUUGGCGAUCACAGGAAGCCAGGAAUGCAGGCUUCUGACAGCGCUAUGCCAGAGACCGACGAACUUAUUGCUUCGCUCAAGCACCAGGAACCUGAGAAGGCUGUCCCCACAAAAGCCAUACUGGAUGCUGGUACCUCACCGACAAAAGCUGAGGAAACUAUUCUGCAACGAACAGAUGCGGACCAAAAGGGAAAGUUGUCCGAGCAAAGCUCACUUGACAAAGAAGGAAUUGUAACGUCCCCUGGUGAGGAAACUGCGGAUGAAGGCGUUUAUACGAGCGUUCGAGGUGAUCCGGAAAUGCAUAAAGGUACGGUGGAGGUUCAUGAAAUUGAGGAUUUUGAAUCCAGAGUUGAUGAGGCGGAAGUCGAAGGAGUAGUAACCUCACCAUUGCACUCUCUUACUGAUGAUUCACAGCACUUUCCUGUAGGUUGUGUAGACAAGAAAUUAGAUGGUGUGAGCAUUACCGAGCUUCACGAUGGUUAUCAAAAAGAGCACGCGCGCAGGUCAGAAGAGGAGCCAUCAGGCAGUGUUUUAGGCCACAUACAACCACAAGAUGCGGUUAGUGGUGAGCAUGGGUUACAAGAACUGCAGGUUGAGGUCCUUGUCCCAGAUGAGAGAAAAGAAGUCGAGCUUGCUGAGAAACACGAGCCGUCCUCUUCAAAGGCGGUAGAUCAAGUGCAAAAAGUGGAUGAGGAGCACGAAGAACACCAGCAAGGUGAUAAAGAAGACCUUGGAGAACAGGCUAGUGCUCCUCCACAAUCGUUCCUGUUCAGCGAUACCAGCUCAUCUGGCGACGCAUUUCCAGAACUAUCUGAUGUACAUCAGUCAGGCUACCUUUCGGAAGAAUAUGACGUGCCUCCCUCCACUGCUAUGAUUCCGGAAGUAGAUGGUACCAUCGCUGAAGACCUUAUUGCUGCCAAAGAACAAGCUCAGAAACAGCUUGAAGAUGAAGGAGAAGACGGCGUGCCAUCAAGUUUUUCUCGAGCAAGCUCAAAGGAAGUUCAAUCAACCAUUGAAAAGAAUGGCGUUCCACCAUAUGUGGGUAGGCUGCCCGACUUCGAAGAAUGUUGUGAAUGUGUACCUGAACAAGAAUAUGUACAGACAGAAAUUUUUGAAAAAGAUGAUGCCCCAGUAGUUCCUGAGCUGUCCGAUCACACAUGUAAAGUCUCUAAGGAGACGUCACAACGGUAUGUUCAAGAACACUGCAAAGAAACAGAUCCACUUAUACCACACGAUUACGACCCCUCAACUCCGACAGGCGUCGAUCGCGAGAUACUUGAUUCUGACGGCAGAAAAUGUGUUGGCCGCACUGAAGACGUUUGCAGUGUGCAUGAAGCAGCACUUCACAAGACGGCUACUCUCCCAUCUUACUCAUUAGCCCCUGAAGACGGACACGAACUAAAGACAGGCGCUGAUGUGCUAUCAAUAGUUGAGCAGGAAGAGGUCCUUCCAGUGCCUGAAACGCUCCAAACUGCAGCGAGAGAUUCGAAGUUACCGGAGUAUAAAUCUCUGGGCCACCCACUUGAUUGUAAACCAGAUAUCUCAGAAAGCACACCGUCGUCAGGAGCAAAAGUAGAUUUGCCAUUCGAUAAAGUGAUUGAGCCCCAGCGUUUAUCGAAGGGCGAUGAACUCAGUCAGAAAGAAAGAGAAACUGUCGCUGGUAUCAGCGAAGGAAAUUUGGUAGAUGUCCGCUACAAAGUGCCUGAAACAAAAGACAUCAAACAAUCAUCUCCAGUUUCACAAGACAGCGAACUAUGCAGCCGUGAGGUAGCACAAACUUCACCACUAAUAAGUGGAGAGCAAGCUGACCUUUUGAUGGCACUCGAAGAACCGAUAUUGCACGGUGAAAGCGAUCCCAUGUCAGAGUCAUUUAUGGCGCCGGAGUCAUCGGAGGACGAUCGAAAGAUACACGCAACACCUUCACAUCUCGAUGAAGACCACGUAUACAAGGGGAUGCCAACAGAUACAGACCAUACACUGCCGAUUGCUCAUGCCUUGGACGAGAGUGUUUCACCUCAGCCUUGCUCUACAAAAGGAGGGGAAAUCGAUAUAACGAAGCAGGAACUACACCUGUCUCUCAGUCCGGCUCUCGGCAUAGCCACAAGUGUGUACAGUAAAGCGAAAGAAUUGUUGGAAGAGUGUGUGACUGCCACAGAUACUACUAGUCCUGGAGGUGCGAUAUCAACGAGCAGUCCGAAAAGCUCCGUUAGUGAAGAUUCAUUUCGCAGUGUCGUACAAAAGGAUGACGGAAGAGAUGUCCUUAUUACAGAAGAGCGGUGCCCCGAUAGAACGUGUGACGAAGACGUUGUCUCGCAAAGCGGUGUUACGACUGGUUAUGACUUUAGAUCACCUUCAGAGGUUCUUAGAAGAGGCUUUCUUGAAGAAACGUCGCAUACACUUGCCAAGGAGUGGGACAAAACCAUGGUUCUGCAGUCGCCGUCGCAAGACGAAGAAGGAAGACAGCUUCUCGAAAUUAUAAAAAGUCAGUUAGUCCGUGACGAGUCCGCAGAUUUUGUGGUUACCUCAAAAGAACAGGACCCGCCAGGAGCAGGAAAAGAUAUACCACCAGCUGAUUCCUCAAAACACCUGUCCAGCACUUCACACGCAGAAACCAGUGAUGCAGGCUUGGAGAAGUCGCCAGACUCAACCAGGAAACGUGAUGAAGCACUUGCGAUCAUUCUAGACCAAAUUACCGAGGAUGAUUGGGAUGGAGCGACUCGCACUGAACCUCAAAAAAUGCAAGUUUCAAAGGAUGCGGCUGAGGUGCCCUCCAGCUUGUCAGAGGACAGUACGACAAAAUUUGAUUCCCAGGAAGAUGUAUCUCUGGGCUCCGAGGAUCAACGUGAACCCUCUAGUUCUGGGCAUUUGCUUAUGAAAGGACCGCCUGAAGAAGAAAAGAGUGUUCCCGCCUCCAGGGAGCCGGCGACUACAGAGCAGAAACCAGCGAGUCCGUCAGCGCAGAUUGAAGUUUUCGAAGAGGUAACGCCGGAAACAUCGCUCUCUCAAGGAAGCGGUUCGAUUACACGCGACCUCUCGGAAACACGUGACGAUGGAAGCGCCCUGCCUGAUUCAAAUAUAUCGAAAUCUUCCCCUGUCGACGAAAGCUCAGUAAAACUUUCUGAGGAAAAGGUACACCACUUUCCCUUGGACUUGGACGCAAGCUCCGCAACGGACCUGAGUUCUUCUCCUGUCGCUCUGAAAAAGAGUGCAGGUCACCCAGACUUGCGGACAAUGAGCGACAAAGAACCUGAAAGCGCAACUGAAAUUGCUUCCGCUGACCUCGAAAUGGCGUCCGAAAAGAGCGAUGUCUGCGAUGCACGUCUUUCUUCUGAACCAGAAGGAACAAAAGUACGUGAUGAAGCAUCGUACGGUGAAGCUGACGAGAAACAAACUGCUACCAGUGGUUCACCGCCACUCAUCCGUCAAGAGCAAGACUCUUAUGAGCCAGAGGCACCAUGGAUACACCACCGCGGCUCUCAGGAUGUUCCAUCGCUGGAAAUUUCCGAUCAACCGAUGAAGGAUCCUAGAGCGACGUGCCCUACCUCUCUUGAUGCGCCAGAGCUGGCGCACAUGCAACAGAGGAUGUCUGUCGAGUACGAAAGCUCAAUAACUUCCGUUUCCGAUAUUGAGUUCGCGAUCGAUGCCAAGACCUUCAGAUCGGGAGUAUCCGAAGGCUCUUGGCAGGAUGAUUCAAAGACAGCUGAAUGCUCCAAGGGCGAAAAUGACGCGUCUCGUCCAUCCAGUCCAGAAAGUCCGCCCAAGUCCCCAGUUAAAAGGAUAGCCGCAGAGCAUCCACGCACGUCUAAAAGAGCUCGCACUACGUCAGAGUCCAAGCACCCUAUUGCUACACAGGGGUCCUCAGAAGCCGACAUAUCCAGUGAAGACGAGGACAGCGCACACAAAGUCAUUGCUCAUUCUUUCCCGGAUGCCCCAAGUUAUGGUGCAGAGCUGCCCAAAGAAAGCCCACAGUCAGCGCACAGUUCCCAGCAAGCGGGUCUUCAUCCUGAAAAGGACAAACCGCUUGAGGGCGAUGAAUACUGUGCGUUACCAGGAGGCGCAGAUUAUAGCGGUUCUCGGCAUCCUCCACUUGAAGUGCAGCCCGACAGCCUUCCUUAUUUUUCUGACAAGACCGAAGGCUUGUAUUUCGCGCAUAAGCGAACACCGUCAGAAGAAGAUUAUCUGCCCAUCGCUGAAAGUCCUGAUGAAGCUAAGAAGAAUGGCAAAGGUUCAGAAGCUCCUCAGUUAGCUUCACAACAUGUGGCGGACUCGUCGUCCUCUACAAAACCCAGUGAGCAUGAUGUACAAGUACCGCCAUCACUACUUGAGCCAGAGAAAGCAAAAAUUUCAGGUGAGACGGGCUCCCAGCUUGAUGAGACAUAUAGCAGCCAAUUGAAGAGAUCUUCAAUUGAGAGUGAAACGACUUCAUCUAGUGAUGACGCAGGAUCUGGUCGUAGGUCUCUUACGGGGUCUAAAGAUACUGAUUUGAUGCGUGAGUACACUAGACACUUGGAAACUUCACCUAGCGCAAGGUUCAGUGUUGACUCCACGUGCAGUGUGACGUCGGAAGAACGAAGUUACACAGAACUCGAGAAGCCUUACCAAAAAGACGACAGCCGCGAGAGCUUUUCCAGCACAGUAAGAGAUCAUCCUGACCAAUCUUCUGUAUCUGGGACCUUAUACAGUGACUCUACCAUCGAGCCUUUCAGCACUCUCGAUCACCAAAUGUCUAUAGCACCGCACAUCAGCACAGAACAAGUCGAAUUGGGCUCCAGUGCCGACGCAUUACUUCCUGUAAAGCCCGAGAGGCCCACCCAAGUCGCCAAGAUGGAGCAACAGUCUGACGUGUUUCCAACUUCAACUGCCACCUCUGAAGAAAUGGAGAGCGACGUAGAAGCUCCCCUCUGUGAAGAAACUGUUACGAGGGAACCAGGUGGGCACAUCUCGUCUGCAGCCGAAAUUCCUAUGAUGGAAGCCCGACAACCAGUUACCGUUGUAGCGCAUGGGCAUGGUAUAGCUUCAGGUCUGUUUGCCGCGUUAAAAACAGAGCUGUGCGUUAUAGACUCACCUUCUAUGGACACUGUCUUAGUCCAAACGGGCAAGGAUGCUCAGAGUCUUUCUGAUCAGGGCGUCUUCGACACCUCAUUGAAGUUUUCGCAAGAGCAUCGUGAGCUUGACUCAAGUGAAAUCAAGAUUCCUGAAACUGAACGAGAAGCUCCGACAGAUCAAGCACGCUCGGACAAUUACAAAAUAGGAAGUGCACUUCAUACUUCAGGUAUAAUGCCAGAUAAAGAAUCCAAAGAAACUCGUUCUAUUUCCGGAGACGACGAAGCGCUUCCGGGGCGCAAAGUUUCUGGGGAGGUUACUCCUGUUAAGGCUCUCAGGUUUCAACUAGGAGACGACUCUUUCAUAGAACCACUUGCCGACCACACGGAUACCUCAGCACCCUGCACGUCGUUCGAUGCUGAUCAUGGUCUAUCAAAAGAAGUUUUUGAAACAAAAGUUCGCUUAGAGAAAUUUCUUGAGGCCGAAUUUCUCGAAACCAUGGCAACAGAUGAAGAGGAGGAGUCGUCGCGUGCAUCUGUGAAGCCAUCUACUACAUCAAUUACAAGUUCCUCGCAUCAAGAAAAUGGCCAUAAGGUCGCCGAACCGAAAGACGACGUUACCGACGACGGUGUCACACUGGCGUCCGGUCUUUCAUCCGGACUUCCAACUGAACUCGUGUGCAUGGCACAGUCGUCCGUCGAUUUAUCAAAAGACAUUACCCGCAUCACCAAAUGUGCCGACUCGCAAGAACGCGUAUCACCUCCUCCAACUUCUCCGCUGGACGCCGCAAAGCAGGAUGAACCAGCCGCCGUGGCCGCCGGACUCGCGUCGGGUCUGCCCGUCGAGUUGGUGUGCAUGGUAGAGUCCAGAGAGCUGUGCUCCGAGAUUAAACGCGCAGAAGAGGAAGCUAUUCAUCACGUUAUAGAGAAGAAAGCUGACUACGCAGAGGAGGAUGACGGUGUCGCGAUGCAAGCGUACAUAGAGCGGCGACUCAGUGACAGCGACCACUUCACAGACAAGCAGCAACGCGCCAGCCCUCCGUCCGAAAUAGUUUCAACUUCGCAGCACGGGAUGCCGAUUCCUGAGCGAAAACCUAGUAAAGGUUUUGAUGAGCUUCACUUGAACGGCACGUCGCACUCGCCACCAAGCGUCGGUCUCGUUGCUGGCCUUGCAGCUGGACUUGCCACGGAGCUAGUAUGCAUGCCACAAUCGGCUGAAGAGCUUUGCAUUGAUGCUUCAGAAUCAAGGUGGCCGCCAGCACGAGGUUCCCGCGUCGAACCCAUACCUCCGGAGAUGACAGCUUCUAUUUACGAGGAGCUAACUGAGCAUACAGGGGAGAAACCAUGCUCGGACACCGACACUGAGAGCGUCGGGCAAGGUGCGGCUGAUUCGGCUGUGCCGCAUCGCAUGGGUCAGAUACCGGUUCAGCGUGAGGUAAUCACGACCGUCACUUCUCGGCGAGUUGUUUACCAGCAUGAUGGUCUCCCGGACACCUGGGACGCAUCGACUUUUUCGGAGCCACCUCAACACGACACAGAAGACGACUCGAGACGUACAACCGUAACAUACGUCUAUAGGACUUACACUUCUGGAGAAGGUGAUGAUAAAGGCGACCCAACGCUUUCUUCCGGUACUCUGCCUUCUAGUCGAGGAGAAGAUGGUCUUCCAUUUGACAUUCUGCGCUCAACUGCCGAAAGGCAUCCUCGAGAGGAAGAUAUGCCUGACGAAGGUGAUCACGUUACUGGAACUUCGUCCAGGAGCUACGUCUACACCGUUUCGUCUGACCACAGUGCUCCAGAAGCGUUUAUCCGUCAUGCUGACGACACAGGAACCCUACAUCAUCCGGAUUCAUCUAUCCACAGUAUCGCGAUGGACGAAGUAGCUCGCAUAACCGAAAUGGCCGCCGCUGCAGUAUCCCAGUCACCAAACGGCUGGACGGUUGUCCACCGCUCGGCUGACUCUUCUUCGCAACGUCCGCUGGAGCUGACCAGUCCUGCGGAGCUGGUGGAGAGAAGAAACGGACACGCCACGCACGUGACAGAGACUCGGCAGAUUGUCUACCAUCCUGGCAGCAGUGCCGAAUUUCGCUUCGCACUGGGACCAUCUGCAGAGGAAACAUGUCUUCCCCCGGAAGGUAGCGACCCAAAGACAAUCUUGGAGUUCAUGGCAGCUCAGACGAAGCAGGCGGCUAAGGAGAUGUUAGAGGAGCAGCCGCUGUACGAGGAAGACGAAGAGGCCGCCCAGGAGCAGAGUUCGCUUAGCGACGCCAGCCCCUUGGUGGAGGAGCCCGUGUUUGGAAAGACCCUGCAACCGGACUACCCUGAACUCGUCGAAUUGUCGGCCGGAAACACGCCGUCGGAACCGCCGAGUCCGCACUCCGCUGCGCAAGACGCGCGAGUCAGGCACAACGGGGAGCCCUCCGGCACCUCUUCCGUCCAGCGAAUGGUGGUCGUCGAGGAGACGGAGCCCACGUCCACAAUGGCGGGCGGGAGCGAGGCGCGUCGGGUCGUCAGCUACGUCGAAGAACCCACUACUGUCGUGCGGGAAGAGUGGGUGCUAGAAAGCGGCCGCGGCGCGGCGUCGCACGUCAUAUCGCAGUCGUCCAUGUUCCAGCAUGAGGUACUCACCCGGGAAGAGUCGACGUCUGCUGGUACCGCGUCUUCUCCUGCCUCUACUGGUGGCGAUGCCGUCCGCUUCACGACGCUCCAUCACCUGGAACGCGACCUUGGCGCGGCUGCUGGCGCUGUCCAACGAAGCUCUCUGAAGGCAUCAAUGGCAGCGGUGCAACACGAACAGUUGGGGUCCGAUGCAGAGGGUGCAAGUGGGACUGAAGCACCUCGCGAUACCGUCAGAGAGCUUCAGACCACCUCCGCCGAGGGGCAAGCGAACGGCCGGCGAGAUGGUGACGCCGCCGCGCCGUUCGACAUUCGGGACUGGGGCAAACCACUGGGCCUUCCCGUUCCGCCCGACCCGUCGUCCAAGUCGUCCAAAACCGGCGGCAAGAAGGCAGGCGCGGCAGCGAUGCCACGUGACGCCGCCGAUGUCGUGUACGUCGACCUGACCUACGUCCCCCACCACGGCGACCCGGGCUACUGCGACGCAGAGUUCUUCAGCCGAGUGCGAGCGCGCUAUUACGUGCUGAGCGGCACCAACCCCAGCCAGCAGGUGCUGGACGCCCUGCUCGAAGCCAAGCGCGGCUGGGGAGAGCCGGACGCCCCGGUCACCGUCAUUCCGACCUACGAGACCGACGCGCUUUGCUACUGGAUCGCACACAAUCAGAAGGCCCUCGAAGAGCACCACAUUGACGUGGCUCCCUCGGCGUCGCGCUGCACCAUCAACCUCCAGGACCACGAGUCGUCCUGCGCCGCAUAUCGACUCGAGUUCUGAACGAUAGGAGCCGUCUUUUUACACACUUUGCAUCCAAAGUAUUCGCUGUUACGUCCGGCUUCCUGCUGGAUGGCAGCACCGGGCCCCCUGCCCUACUGCUAUGUGGUAGUGGGAGAGUCUCUGUCCAAUCACGCUAACGCCUGUCAGAACCUUCUUUUGCCUGUUUCCUUUCAUUUAUUGCCCAGUCGUGGUGACGGUUUUAAAUCGUCGGGCAGGAACGCUAAAGGUCCUCUGUCCCUUUCGGCCACGAGCUUUCGAAGCGCAAGAUCUCUGAAUGUUGUGAGCGUCGUAGUUGUGAUGUGCCACAUGGACUGAGACUGUUUUGUCGUGUAGAAGGAAAAGAGUUUUGCUUCUGCCCAACGACUGGAAUCGUCAUUGUUGCCUCUUUCUCUUUUAGCCCCGAACUGUUGACAUGAUUUGUUUCCGUCAUGUUCGUUUUCAAACUAGACAUUGAAGUUGAACAACACGACCGCGAGCGCACGAUACGCGAGUAUAUGCAUAAUGCAUUUAUGCGCUCUCAAUUCAGCGUGCGGUCUCUCGCGAGAUUAUUUUGUUGAUUGUGAUUCAUCUUCUGGCUCACGUCUCUUUAUUUUUAAUUAGAAACGUUACUUUGCCUUUUGGAUGGUUUUCUCCUUGCCUGAAAGCAAAGAGUGAUUUCUAGUAGCGUCUUCUCAUUUCCUUCCCUAAUGCGGAGAGUCCAUUUAGAGGUUAAAGGCGCUACAACUUCGGCAUUGUGUAUUACGACAUCUAAUCCCUAUAGGCCUAAACACAUCUCUAAUAACUUAGAACCCGUCUAUAGCAAUUUUUUCCUGACGUUCGCGCGCGGCACGCAUUCAGAGCACCCUUUGGGCAGUCGUGCUGCGUAAUCCCCUUUCUAAUCCCCUUUUAAUCUUCUUGUUUUCUGUGAUACAUCUCCCUACGCUUGAACCCUUUUAAAUAUUCCUACUGCUACCAGAUAGGCUUAUUUACAAACAUAUAUCUUUUUUGUCUUUGCUUCAGACCCAAUUUUAUUUAUUGUCACUUGAAUAAAUCGUGUAUGUAUUGUUUCGAGUUUAAUCGCGUACGGUACCUAUCAUAGCGAUUGUCAACCGUAGGAGUCAACGUAGCUUUUUUCAACCGUAUACUGAAGAAAUUUUAGGAAACAGCCUCGUUGCUUGUUUUAUUUAUUUAGUUUUCACUUACCGUAUUAGCCCCGCACGGAUGUUAUAUAGUACUUCGAACGCUGUACAGCGUGACUUGGAUCUCUCUCGGACACCUCGGAGUAGGCGAAGACCCCCGCUAUUGUCGCCAUUGCUGCGGCGUUUCCAUAACAAUUAAAGCUUGCGCUUAAUAGUGUGUCGUCCCUUUUGUUGAGCCAACAGGGACAUGGUGGCGUGUCAAUGAGGCUUCCAUGAGCGUACGAGGUUAUUUGCAUUCAAAUACACAAACACAGUUAUAUACAUAAUAUAUAUAUAGGGAGAGUCUGUCUGUUCGAUACGUGCAAUACACACACACACGCACAUUUGUGAUUAUCUCGAGUGCUUGCACAAAAGAACCACUGUGUAUACUACUAAAAGUCACAAAAAAUAAAAAUAGGAAGAAAUAAAAGCUAUACGAAUUGUUGCAAGAGAUAAUAGAGUGUGUAAGGCGAAGUUGAAUAUAAACUGAUGGAGCCAACACUUUAUUCUGUUUGUCUUCUUGCAAAGUAUGAGAGGUGGUCGUGGUUUUUUCGCGAGUUUUUUCACGGUCCUUAUGUAAAGGUGCGAAAAAAUGGUUUGUAAGUGAGAGCGAGAGAGAGAUAGAGUGAGAGAAUUUGAGGCAGGGUAACGCAAAAGGCUCAUUAUCCUCUCUUUUCUUUCGAGUUCGGCUGUUUCGGUAGGGAUCCUUGUAUACGCAAAGUGAUGGGUGUUGUGGGUCGACUCGAUCCCUCGACCUGUCGUAGCCCUGUGCGGCCUUUCGCUUUGCGCCUGAGAUUGCGCAUCAAAAUAGAGCUGCUGAAGUUAUGUCCACAUAAUUGUAUGUAACCGCCACAGUUUUGCAGACUCACAGUCGCCGUCGACAACCAGCGUAUACGAGUCAGGAAGAGCGCGCCUUUGUGAUCGACGAAAGGCAGCCGCACGACGUUCCUUGUCAUGAGCAUUCCAGUGAUAUGAGCUUAUCAAAAUAGAGAAGGCCGAUGUUAUCGCCCACGGUCGUGGUCUCGGCGCACAUAGUGCUGUUGGCAUUGGCGCUGUUCGUUGAAGAAGCGGAGAAUGUGAUAAUUACGGCACCGAUGUUCCUCCAGGAUAGUGGGCAGGGUGGUUACGGUUAAUAAGAGGGCACGGGCUUACAUGUGGAACGGCCGUUUAGUUCUCGCUUGUUGUUUCGUUUUUUGAAUUUGUUGAGCUGUACUAGCAUAGUUUCGGUUUCGUUUUGUACGCGUAACUUCGCUCCUCAGUGCCUCGUUGUUUGAGUGGCUUAUUAAUUUUUCAGGGUACUUACUAUAUUUUGCACUUUUGUUUCUUGCGUAGCUCCAAGCAUACAAAGUUCGGCUCGUACACGCAGACAUCUUACCUACUAAAUUUUUCCAUGAAGCGCGCGGUGCAGCUGGCCUCGAGAAGUAGCGUAUUUAGUUUUACCUGCAGGUAACUCUUGGUACCCUUACCGGCGCAAUACCUUUCUUGUUUGCUUCAUAAUUUUCUUUUUAUGGUAUAGACCAACUUACGAGACAUGUAGCGCGCAGAAGCUCCUUCUUUCAAUGUUGCUGUUGACCGAUAUUGGUCCGCUCCGCGCAAGCUCUAUUUGCCCAACAACUAUUGAAAUCUGAUGCGUCAUCGGCUUCACCGCUUGGCAGUUUCGAGCACCGCUUACAGCGCUUCACCGUAACAUCUUUCUCGGUGACCUAGCACUGGUCGUGUAGUGUACUGUGUGUAUGUGGUUAUUUAAAUUAUAAAUAAAUAGUGGUGCAGCUUAGACGGAGCGAGAAACUGAAAAAAACUUGUCACUGAAAAGAGAUGAGCGAAGUCGUGUAUGACGCCUAGGGCGGAGACCUUUGGAAAAAUCAUGCAGCAGCAUCUGAGCCAGUGACGGAAUACCUCACGUUUAUUUUCUUGUUUUUCUUUUAUUCUUUCUCGUGUGUUUCUUUUUCACUGCGUAUUGCUCUUGUUUUGCAGAUAAACGUCGUCUAGUCAUUUGCUUGCGUAUUUUGUGCCAGUAUAAAGUGUUUUGUUUCUUUUUUCCGGUAAAAGCAGGGUCUUCCGCUUUGAAGGCGUCGUGUUUGGUAUUCUUUAUAAAGCCUGCUAAAAGGGUCGACCCCUUAACAUCUAAAGCAAGCGUUUAAAGUACCCGCGAAAUUCGCGCGGACCUGCGUAUUGGCUGAUUUGUGUGUCAUUGAUUCGGCCCUGAUGAUCUCUCUAUGCGUACCACUAGCGCGUUUCUCUUAUGAACCUGUGUAGGCGCCAAGUGUAUCUACGCUUUGACGUGAUCGACAGUGAGCAUUGGUGAACCUCGUAAGGGUUUUUGUUACGAGUGUUGCACUAUCAAACCGCACAGAAUGAGUCGCCACUCCGCGCAUUUGAGGCAAUGACGUGCUUCAUCGCAGACAGCUAUCUCAAGCCGUUCUGGCCAAUUCAUUUUCCCGGCAUGCUCGCAAACUUCUCAGGGACAUUUAUGCCUCGAAAAUCAGUUGGUCUUCCUUUUAUGCCUGUUUUUAUUAUUAUUAUUCAAAGCACUAUACCGGAAGUUUCAACGAUUAAGCUUCCAUCCUCUAAAUGAGCUCGGGAGAGAUGAGGGGAAUUAGACGAAGCCGCGAUUCGUGACUUUGACCUUCCAUCCACGAAGUGAACCUUCAUAAUGGUCGAAACGUCAUUUCAAGUAUAGGCCGGCUCGACUAAAACCGUUUAACAACGUUUGCAGAAUCUGAGACGCAAUAUUCAAGUUCACUAACUUGAGAAGGUGCCAGCUACAUGCACGAUAGCGGUAAUAACAAAACUUAAAAGUUCUGACGUCCUUCAAGCAAAAUUUAUUGUAGCAGUCGCCAGUAAAAAAAAAAGAAAAAAAACAUUUCUUCUCUUGACCCGUGAAAUUGACGUUGUCGACACUCGGAGAUAAUCUGAAGAAAUAGAAAUGGGUGUCAACCGCCUCGCGCAUGAUAACGUUAACUUCUCGGACAUUGGCGGAAGAUGUAAGCUCGACCUCACGCUUGUGGCGACUCGUCUAGUGUGUCUCAUGCUCGUCGCGUUGAGAAACUGUCCAGUCACGUAAGAGCUAAAUGCACUUGGUGGUAUGCGAAUAGGGCUUCGAACAGAGCGUUUGUUCGAUACCCUUGCCUUCAGCCAUGGAAGAAUUUCUAUCGAACAGUAUAGUUUGUGAAAUCAAUGAAGUUUCUGAAAGCAAGCUUGUGCUUAUUUAGGCUCAUCUGCACUGGAACUUUUGCUGACCAUGAGCAGUUCGGUUCGAAUCGCUUUUCGCACACCUACUGGUUCCUAUUUAACUUCUUUUAUUUCACUGUGACCUUUUAUUUUUGUUGUGUAAUUGUCCGCGCUCCUGCCUGUUCUUAUGUUCCCUGUUAGCGGCUAUAGAAAUUUCCAUGUUCUCGUCGGCCUUCGGGCCCUGGGGCGCACAAAGAAUAAAAACGAUAACUUGCAAAAAGAAAUAUGUAGCCAACAUUCUUUCUUCGUAACGUUCCACUUCACAUUUUCUUCGAUGGCGUCCAUCUACGCGACGAACUAUAGAGGCGAAGUUGUAUAGCGUUUUGAGCGACAGUCUCAUCGCAACGCGUGUGUGCAAGUGGAAGAGAGCGUGUGUGUGACAGCGAGGUUGUUUUCUAGGCAAGUGACGCUUAUUAUUGUCGUUAUGUUUUUUAUAUGCUGUAACUCUGGGGGAGGGGAGGUCAUCGAUUACAGCUGAUUGCGGUUGCGCUCCUUCUUUCCACGGGCGGGGCUCGCAAAACUGUGUAUCUUGCCGCCUCUUUGCGCUUUAUGUUAAAAGCAUCGACAACAAUGUCGUUCCUGUUUGUUUUCGUACUAGGUGUGUAUAACACGCACCGGAGGCUAAUGAAAAAGCACACACACCAAACCAAAGAAAAGGGUGGUGAAGCCAUGGGAAGCGCGAGUGAGUGAGUGUAGCGGUAGAGAGUGUGAAAAGCAUGGACAGAGUCCUGUUUUUGUACGGUGCGCAUUGUGUUUUGUAGUGCACGCUCCUUAUGAUUGUCGCUAUCGUUGCAGCUGCUGUGUUGUUGAGGCGGCGCUUGUUUGCGUUCACCGUGUAUACUUGCCAAUCCGUGCGUGUGCAUGUAAAGUGUGUGUAUGUAAAAACUGCCGCGGCGGCCACCGAUCGCCCUCCCCUCUGGCGGCCGCCCGGCAAGGUCGCUUGUGACCGGUUAACCGGCGCUACUUAUGGCUAAUAAAGCUGUGCAG